GGCAGCAGGACCGCGCGCGGCUUGCCUGCUUUGCAGCCAUGGGGGCUCCGGCAGGUUUGCAGACCGACUGCGAGGCGCUGCUCAGCCGCUUCCAGGAGAUGGACAGUGUGCGCUUCGAGGACUUCACUGAGCUCUGGAGGAAUAUGAAGUUCGGGACCAUCUUCUGUGGUAGAAUGAGAAAUUUAGAAAAGAACACGUUUACAAAAGAAGCUUUGGCUUUGGCGUGGCGAUAUUUUCUGCCUCCAUACACCUUCCAGAUCAGAGUUGGUGCUUUGUAUCUGCUGUAUGGAUUGUAUAACACCCAACUGUGUCAACCAAAACAAAAGAUCAGAGUUGCCCUGAAGGAUUGGGAUGAAAUUUUAAAAUUUCAGCAAGAUUUGAUAAAUGCACAACAUUUUGAUGCAGCUUAUAUUUUUAGGCAGCUACGACUAGACAGAGCCUUUCACUUUACGGCAAUGCCUAAAUUGCUGUCAUACAGAAUGAAGAAAAAAAUUCAGCGAGCUGAAGUUACCGAAGAAUUUAAGGAUCCAAAUGAUCGUGUAAUGAAACUUAUCACUUCUGAUGUAUUAGAGGAAAUGCUGAAUGUUCAUGACCAUUAUCAGAGAAUGAAACAUACAAUUUCAGCUGAUAAAUCCAAUCCAGACAAAGCUCUCAGCUUGAUAAAGGAUGAUUUUUUUGACAAUAUCAAGAACAUAGUUUUGGAGCACCAGCAAUGGCAGAAAGACAGAAAGAAUCCAUCCUUAAAAUCGAAAGUUAAAGAUGGAGAAGAAAAGAGUGAAGGAAAUUCACAACAAUCAGAGAGAUGUGAAAGAGCAGAAUCAUUAGCAAAAAUAAAAUCAAAGGCCUUUUCAGUUGUUGUUCAGGCAUCCAAGUCAAGAAGGCAUCGUCAGGUCAAACUUGACUCUUCUGACUCUGAUUCUGCAUCUGGUCAAGGACAAAACAAAGCAACUAGGAAAAGAAGAAACAAAGAAACAUUGAAACCAGCAGGAAGGAAGAUGUCUUCCAGAAACAGAGGUGACAUGCAGAAUGUACAUAAGGAAGAUAAGUCUUUAAGUUUGAGUAUGCCUGUAAUUACAGAAGAGGAAGAGGAGAAUGAAAGUUUUAGUGAAACAGAGUUCACUGCACCCAAGAAGAGAAGAAAACAGAGAACAAAGAGUCUGGGGUAGAGUACUUAAUUUUGAGCGUUCUGACAGAAGAAAAAAAAAUUCAUAUUUUGUGUAUUGAAAAGGAAGACUGCCAGUAUUAAAAAUCAUUCUUCUGGGAAGCUGUAGGUAUUUCUUUGAAAUGGCAAUACUUUAAUAUAGUUCUAGAAUAAAAGUUAAAAAAAAUUAGAAGUAUUUAAAAUUUAAUUUUAACAUUUUCUUUUGUGAAAUACACAUAAAUGAAGGUAAAAUUUGGAUUUAGAAUGUAAUAGAAAUAAUUCUGUCAUUUGCCAAUUAUUGCUAUUUCCCACAACUUUUUGUGGUAUUCUAUCUUAGUACACUUCUGGAAAUAUUAAUUAUUCUAUUUAAAAUAUUUUUUCUUGAAAUAUUAAUGUGUAUUA